GCUGAUAGAAGCAAACGGCGACUGAACAACACUCGAUAUUAGUACUGCGUUGGUACUGCGCGGCUGGCGGCAAUUUAUCGAUAUAAAUUCGACGAGUCGACGAGUGAGUGUCGUUGAAGUAUUUGUGCGAAUAUUUCGCUUCUUUGUAGCGGUGUUUGAGCUCAUAUAAUUUGUCUGUGAUGUUAAUAUAUUGCAUAGCUGUAUUUAGACUAAAUUUUGUUACACAAUAUUCCUUGCGAUAUUCGAGAAUGGGCAAAUAAAAUGCCAAGCUUGAGCUCUCAGGUUUCAGUUUGAUCGUUGUCUUUGUCUUUUCUGAAGAAAACAAAAAAUACUUCAAAGCCAACAGUAAUCAGGGAUCAACUUCAUAAACGCCGCCGGCUGAGCCGGCUAUGAAGUGUGAGCUGCACCCUAUCCCGCUGGAGGUCUGGGUCGGCGAUGGCCACCACUGAGCUGCGCCGGCCGCUGUUUGGCUCCACGGCGCCGGCAGGGUUCCCGGCCGACCGGACUGCCGAUACCAUGGCGGCACGCACCGAGGAGCGGCCCGCGCCCGCUCGCAAGGUCACCCAGAUGGCUCACCUGUUCCAGCAGGGUCGACCAGAGCCGGUGGGCGCGCGCACACGCCAAAUGUCACCGCUGAAAACGAGCCGUGAUGGUGUGGAGCGCGACGUGGCCGUGGUCCGCACGGAGAGCCACGCGGCGCGCUUCAACAGUGCGCGCGCCCUCUUCGAGAGCAUGGCCGAGCGACGACCGGCCGCCGGCGCCGGCGUCGAGCGACGUCAGAGCGCCAAGGGUGCCCAGGAGCGCAGCCGGUCGUCGGCGCUGGGUGGCGCCGCCUCGCGCUCAGCGUCGGCCGCUUCUCGGCUUGACCGCGUCUCUCGGUCGCCCUCGCCGCCGCCCGGAGAGCCGCGCAAGCUGAACGGUGUUGGCGCGCGCAAGGCCUCCGUGGACAGUCUGCUGGACAGUGAACCGGUGGCCGAGGCGCCGGUGCCGGCUCGCCGGCUGGCCGACCCGCUGCGCCGCGCAGAGGUGCUGGCCAGCGCCCGGUGUCCGGACGCUGCCCGGCACGACGGACCCGGCCCCGUGGACGCCAAACCCGCGGAUGUCGCGGCGGCGAGAGUCAGUGCGAAUCGUGUGAGUGAGAAAUCGCCAGAGCCGACAGCUGCGGACUCCAAGUCGGCCAGUGUUCCUCGUGUGGACUCGACACCGGUCGACGUCCAUCCCGCGCAUGUGAAACCGGACGUGAAACCUGAAGACUCAAAACCUGUGCACAGUGAAAGAGUGACUCCCGAUCGGACGAUGGACGACGGCCGGGGGUCUGCGUCGGCGCCCGAGCGGCCGCUCAGCGCCUCCGGUCUGGACGAGGUGCCCACGCGCGGUCCCAGCUGCACCGAUGACGCGUCGACGAGCCCGGCGCGCCGUCACCAGCACAGUCGCGAGCUGGUGAACCGGCAGCGUAACUGGAUGGCUCACUUCACGGGGCGGCGCGCCGACCGGAGCUCUGUGUCACCGGAGGGGGACGGACUGGACGGCGGAGCUCGGACACCGCCCGCCGCGGGCACCACCGGACCAGCGCGUACGGCCGUGCGCCCGGCCGAGAAACCCUACGUGGACCGCAGUCACAAGCCGACGCCACAGAAGCUGGUGCAGCGACCGGUGGUGUCCCUGCCCAAGCCUCAACUGUCGCCCGUGCGCGGCUCGUCGCCGCCGGCGGGCCCCGCGUUUGUCACCCCGCCGCCGGUCGUCGCACCGUCAGCUGACACGUCACCGUCGCUGGCGUCUCCGGCGCUACCGUCUCGGACGCCGGCGGCGCCCCCAGCUCGAUCCGAGCCGGCCACGCCCGCCGCGCCGGUCCCCGCCGUGCGGACGGAGGCUCCGGCGCCGCGGCCUGUGCCCGGUACCGAGCCGGUGCCGGCCGCUGAGGAGCGCGUCCAGGCCCCGGCCGCCGCGGAGCGCGUGCCGGCCUCCACCGCCGUCCACUCGGUGGAGGAGUCUGACCGGCCGGCCGUGUCACCCCGAGUGGUCCGUGGAAGCUCACCCUCAGUGCGCCAGGCCGUCGGUGAGGCAAUGCUGCGGCUGGACAUGGGUCCGCCUGCGCCGCCGCCCACUCCAGCACUACCCAUCGCCAGCCUGGACUCCCUGGAGUCGCUGGACCGCGUACCGUCCCGGGAUGUGGAACCGCCCGCGGCGAGGCCGACGGCGCUACCGGUGGCGUCCGCGCCUCCGGCGUCUGCCACCUCACCUCUGGUAUCACCCAGCUCCGAUCGAGUGCGCAUCAUCCAGGAGGAAAUAAUCGUGGUGGAGACGCGUAGCGGGCCGUCCUCGCCGCUGGCCAGCCCCCGGCCUCCGAGCUCGCCCAGCGGUCCGCAGCAGCGCUCCGGCAGUCUCACGGGCUCGCCGCCGGCGAGUCCGAAGAAGACGCCGCGCUCGCCCUCGCCAGUGGCUGCUCCGGCCGUCGGUGACACAUCGAAACCUUCUGUGACGGUCGAUAGAGAGCGACAGGAAGGCUUUGCGUCCCCGCCGGCGGCCGACCAGAUGCCGGUGCCUGCAGCCACCGUCUCCCAACCACAGGACGAGGUGGUAGUCCCUCCCGAAGCUGUCUCCCGGCCGGUGGACAAGACAGCCGUCCCUCCCUCGGCCCUCCCCAGGCCAGUGGACGAAGCGCCGGUCCCUCCUGAAUCUCUAUCCCGGCCACUGGAUGAGGCGGUGAUCCCUCCCAAGGUCUUCUCCCAACCUGUGAACCAGCCAUCAGUCCCCGAGAAACUCGCGGUGGAUGAAGCGCCGGUGGAGGCGCGAGUGGCCGCCGCGACUGUGGAGCAGGCCCCAGCCGUCUCCCCGCUUCCCUCACGGCCGGCGGACGGGACCGGCGCCGUUUCUCCGUCCUGCUCGCCGGGUGAUCGCGGGACGUUCGUGGACUCCUUUGUAGAGGAGGAGGCGGACGGCUCCCCACGUCUGGAUGACGCCCUGGUCGGCUCCCCGGGCGGUGAGGAGAGCUCGGUCCGCUCGCCGCAGUCGCCCGAGCUGGCCGAUCAGCUACAGGACAUGCCGUACGAUGACACCGUGUUCAGCGCCCAGAUGGACCAGAUUCAGUUCGGCUCGUCCCCGGUGCUACUCGAGGAGGCCUGGGAGGGCAGCUACAGUGAGGAGCCCGAGUCGAUGACUCCUGAGGAGGCUGACCAGCUCCUCAGCACGCGGUCAAAGGAACUUCUGCUGGCAGAAGACAACCAAAAAACCACCCCCGAACACCCGGAGACUGCCACGCAGCCACCUCAGCCGCUGCAGAAUGGUGUGGACGCACUCAGCCAAUCACCUUCCAGAGCUGCCGAACCGAGCCAAUCAACGUCCUCGAGCGAGCCAGCUGACCAAUCAGCGCCCGCGGCCGAGCCGGUGCACCAAUCAGAGCCGGGUCCAAGCAGCUCCCACCUGCGCUGCGAGCUGCUUGUCACCGAUGAGGGGACGCUGAGCGUCAUCUAUGACGACAACGCGCCGCGGGUUCGCUACUUCAUGGAGGUGACGGAGGAGGAGGGUGUCCAUUUCCUGGAGGACGGCCACCACUGGGAGCACGGGCCGCCGCUGCCCGACCACGACGAGGACGAUGUGGAGGUCGGAGACGCAUGGAAGCCGCCGUCGCGACUCAGGUUCAGUCAGCAGCCCAUCAAGGUAUACAGCACCUACACUGCCGAGGAGUACGACCGAAAGAACGACGACGUCGACCCUGUGGCGGCGUCGGCUGAAUACGAGCUCGAGCGACGUGUCGAAAAGAUGAACGUGUUCGCGGUGGACUUUGACAAGGGCACUGAGGGCCUGGGUCUGAGCAUCAUCGGCAUGGGUGUGGGCGCUGACGCCGGUUUAGAGAAGCUCGGCAUCUUUGUCAAAACCAUCACCGAAGGAGGCGCCGCCUAUCGCGACGGACGCAUUGAGGUCAACGACCAGAUUAUCGAGGUGGACGGCAAAUCUCUGGUGGGCGUCACCCAGGCGUACGCCGCCUCCGUGCUCAGGAACGCGGCCGGACACGUGCACUUCCUGAUCGGACGCGAGACCGACCCCGAGAACAGCGAGGUGGCACAGCUGAUCCGGCAGUCGCUGCAGGCGGACCGGGAACGGGAGGACCGGCAGCGGGCCCUGCAGCGCGACUACGACCAGCAGAAGCGCAUGCUGGAGCAGCUGAAAGCCGGCGCGCCGGGCCGCGACCCGCCGAGUUACCAGGAGGCGACGGCGCGUGACCUGACCGGAGGCCACAGCUCGACCAGCUCGGCAGCGGCGUCAGAGGCCAGCGAGGCCACGGCGCCGGCACAGCCGCCCCCGCCGCCACCCCCACCACCGCCGCCUCCCCCGCCAGAGCAGCCGGAGUUGGAGAGUCGACUGAAGGAGGCACUAGACGAGCACCUGCGGUUUCAGGCACAGAUUGCCCGCCUUAACGUCAGGAUCAGCGAGCUGGAGUCGUCACUAGCCGGCUCGGAGGACGACCGGCGCCAGCUGGCCGACGCCCUCUCUCAGCUGGAGCAGUACGAGCAGCGCCUGCAGAGCUCGCGGCAGGAGGCGGCCGGCUUCCAGGCGCAGCUAGCUGCCCAGCGCGUGCAGCUUGAGACCCUCGAACGGAAGUACCAGAAGGCCAAGCGGCUGAUCCGCGAGUUCCAGCGCCGCGAGGCCGGCCUGCUGUCACAGGAGGAGUACCACCAGGGCCGGGAGCGCGAGUACGACCGAGCCGUGCGCGCGCUUCACGAGCGUCUGAUGGUGUUGGAGCGGCAGCUGACGGACACGCAGCGUGAGGCGGGCCUGCCGGUGCAGCUGCCCGGCCAGCCGGCCGGCCGCUGGGUGCCACCGGCGCGCCGUGUCUCGCCGCCGCCCCGCGGCCGGUCCGACCGGCUGGAUACCUCGGAGCUGUCCGACACGGAGGGCUCCACCGACACGCCGCCGCCGCACCGGGCGACAGAGGAGUUGGACCGCGCCGUGCCGCCGCACGAGCUGCUGGACAACUCUGCGCACCGGUCGCGCGCCGAGCUGGCCACGCGCGGCGCGCUCUCACAGCGGCAGCCGCCUAAUCUCCGGCGCAACGUCAGCUCCGGCAGUAUGGACCUCAGCUGUGACGAGACGGGCGACUCGGAGAGCACCACGGACGGGCUGGGACCGGGCCCGGCGCGCCGCGCCGCCCGCCAGCCGCCCCCUCCUCCGCCUCGAGACGUCAGUCUGCCCGACGGCAGCCCCAUAUCCAACACGGAGAAUCAACGGCCGAAACAGCCGCCAGUCUCAGCGCCACCGCAUAGGAACUCUGCCAACUACGAGUGUCAGCAGCCGGCGCCAGGUGGCAGGCCGGCGAUCCCGUACCGAGAUCCGCCACCGGUGCGCGCGUCGGGCAGCCAGCGGGGCUCCGGCGGUGUUCCGCAGAGAUCGUCUUCCGGUCAGCUUCCAGUCAGCCCCCGGUCGUCGGGCCACUACAGCCAGCGCUCGCAGCUCAACGAACAACUGAGGAGCCUGCUCGCAGACAGGGAAGAAGACGAUUCCUCCGAGUGCUGGCCGUCAGCCGGGGAGGAACGGCCACCGAGACCAGCCUCCUCUGACCCCGUGUGGCGCCUGGGACACACCGACCGACAUGCCGACAGACAGGGGGAGCGUCAGGCCGAGUGGCAGGCCGACAGACAAGCCGAGUGGCAGGCAGACAGACAAGCGGAGCGGCAGGCAGAGUGGCAAGCAGUGUCGCCCCGCGCUCUGGGCGGCCCCGGCCGACUGCCGGCGCUGGACGCCGGCACCGACAGCUGCUUUCCGUGCUCGGCGGUGGCGAGAGGCACUGCGCCGGGCCGGCACACGCCGUCCUACUUCCCCGGCGAGGGGUGCGGUACCGCCGAGCCGCCGGCCCGUCUGACGCCGAGCUCGGUUAGACCGCCGCUCGGCUCUCUGGAGAGACUGGUGGACGGAGGCGGAGGGGGCGGAGCUGCUGCCCGGGUCGGCGCUGCCGCGGCUCCGAGGACCGUCUCACACGAACGGCUGAUCGACGGGCCUCUGACGCCGCAGCGCUGCUGUCGAGGCCCGGGCGGUGGCGCGGUAUGCAGCAGUGUUCGUCAGAGCUACCCGGGCCCCGGCGGCGCGGACUGCGGCUGUGUUCCGGCUGCCGCUCUGCCCCAGUCGGCCAACCCGUACUGCUGGUCUCCGGAACAGGUGGGCCAGUGGCUGCUGACGCUCGGCCUCGACCACCUGGUGUCGCCGUUCGUCGAGCAGCGCGUGGGCGGCCUCCAGCUGCUGCAGCUCGACUCCCGCCAGCUGCGCCAGCUCGGCUGUGACGCCGACGAUAAGGCCAAGGUGAAGCGGAAAGUCAAGGAGCUGAAGCUCCAUGUUGAGCGUGAAAGACGGCACGCCGAGCGUGAGAAGAAAGACCGAGAGCGUAUAAUCCGCAAGGCGGAAAAGCUGGCAGAAAAGGCGGUCAGACGCAAGUAGUGUCCACGUUCUAAAAAGGGUUACUGUGGAACUGGACACUGCUAGUGCUAGGGCGGGAUUUAGCCCGUGCCAUCGGGCUACGACGUGAUUCAAACAAUGAACUUUCAGUGUUUUGUUUAUUAGGACCAUGCGCUGAGGUCGCUGUCUUGGUGGGACCUUCGAGAUAUUUGCUGGUAGAGCAUUCCCGUGUGUUCACUAUUGCCAUAACGCCGGACCGAUGUCGACGGUCUGUACUCUCGUAGCGUGUUGUCGGCCGGGCGCUGGGCCUGGCCCGUGGCCGUGGGCGCCCUAUUCAUGCGCUCUAUGGUCCCCGUGAACCCGUGUCUGCCGAGUGGGUUGCGCGAACGCCGACCGAAUGUGGCAGCUCUUAUUGUGUCUGGGUUGUGACUGUCGUUCUGACGUAAUUGGCACGGGACUGGAUUAUACGAGAGCUUAUAAGGUACGAGGCUGGUGACCGUCUUCCCAUCCAGUGGGACCUACAACAUCCUAGCAUCCAUUUACCACCCGUGCUUAACGAUUUCCCAUUUCCUCAUGUCCCAUCCAACCAUCCCUUGUUGCUCAUUUCCCCUUCACUUUCCCAUCGCAGCCUCUCAUCCACUCCUAGAUCAUACCGCUCAAUGCUUACCUGCAACAACUCUCCAUGACAGAGUAGACAAUCCCGGUGGCACCUCGACGGUAAUUUCACAGUAGCUGCCAUGCCACAGUCGUUUCCCUGCCUGAUCUCCGUCACUUGGUCAGUUUGCCGUGUCAUCAGGCCGGUGGUAACCCAUUUCCAAGGUUCCGAAUUAUGAUAAAACACUUGUUGACCUGCAAGCAUUCUUCAGUUGGCGUCCUGUCUAAUCGGUACAGUUGGAGAGACGCCCGGACCACCAGAGACUUCUCAUUUCCCGAUCUGUGGUUAUCUAUAUUAUGCCGUGUCUGUGUUUUGUUACUUUUGUGGAGGUGUGGCCCAGGCUUGUUGCUGGUCAGGCCGCUCCUUUUUUACGGACGACCCGCCCCGAAGACGCCCUGAUAUUUGUGAUCCAACUAGAUGGAAGUUGAGAGAGAACUAAUAAAAACCUGUCCCAGGAGA